AUGGGACUCGAGGGGCCUCCUGACAGCGAGCCGCUGAAGGAUCCCAGGGUGUUCGGGGAGCUCCCUGCGACAUUUGAGGAUGUGGCGGUGUUCUUCACUCGGGAGGAGUGGGGCCUGCUGGACAGGCGGCAGAAGGAGCUCUACAGAGAUGUGAUGCAGAUGAACUACGAGCUGCUGGCUUCCCUGGGUAAAGCUCUCCAGCCACCUGCUGCCAAGCCAGACUUGAUCACAAGACUGAAACGGAGAGCCGCACCCUGGAUCAAGGACCCUAAUGGGCUAAAGACAGGGAAAAGUCGAUCCCUAGGGAAGGAGAAGACGGUGGCAGUAAGAGAAGCCAACAUCCAAACCCAGGCCUCAGCUGCAGCGUCCUCCCUGCCAGCCUCCGUGGAGACGUGGACCUCUCACUGUCCUCCCAGCACGUGUGAAGGAGAAGUGGACGGACCUCAGAAAGUCAAGAGGACAUACAGGCCCCGCUCCAUUCAGAGGUCCUGGUUUGGGCAGUUCCCCUGGUUAGUAAUGGACUCCAAGGAGACCAAGCUGUUCUGCUCUGUUUGCAGAGAAAGACCAACUCUCCACGACAAGUCAUCCCGCUUAGUCCAGGGUUACGCUGGGCCUUUUAAGGUGGAGACUUUAAAAUACCAUGAAGUCAGUAAGGCACACAAACUGUGUGUCAACACCAUGGAGAUCAGAGGUGACAGCCCUCAGCCCACCCUCACUCCAGAGAUCUCCAGCGACCUCAUGGCCAACAUGGAGCACUUCUUCAAUGCAGCCUACUCCAUUGCCUACCACUCUAGGCCUCUGAAUGACUUCGAGAAGGUCUUGCAACUCCUCCAGAACAAUGGCACCACGCUAUUAGGCAAGUACCGGAAUCGCACCGCGUGCACCCAGUUCAUCAAGUAUAUCUCCGAGACGCUGAAGAAGGAGAUCCUAAGAAACAUUCAGAACUCCCCGUGUGUGAGCCUGCUGCUGGACAGCUGCACAGACUCCUCCAACCAGGCCUGCGUGGGCAUAUACAUGCGCUACUUGAAGCAGAUGGAGGUGAAGGAAUCGUUUAUCACCCUGGCCCCUCUCUCCAGUGAGACAGUAGAUGGGUACUUUGAGACCAUCAUUGCUGCCCUAGAUGAACUGGAUAUCCCUUUCCGGAAGCCUGGCUGGGUGGUGGGUCUGGGGACUAAUGGUUCUGCCAUGCUGAGCUGCAAGGGAGGCCUCGUGGAAAAGUUCCGGGAGAUCAUCCCUCAGCUCCUGCCUGUGCACAGUGUGGCCCACCAGCUGCAUGUGUCUGUGAUGGAUGCUUGUGGGAGCAUUGAUCUGGUGAGGAAGUGCGAUCGGCACAUCCGGACCGUCUUCAAGUUUUAUCAGUCCUCAAAUAAGAGGCUCAGUGAGCUGCAGGGCGGUGCAGCUCUCCUGGAGCAAGAGAUCAUCCGUCUGAAGGACUUGAACGCUAUCAGGUGGGUGGCCAGCAAAAGGCGCACUCUGAACGCGCUCAUCGUGAGCUGGCCUGCCCUGGCUAGGCACCUUCAGAGUGUGGUGGAGGCUGGGGGCCCGGUUGGUCAAAGAGCCAGGGGCAUGCUGAAGCUGAUGAAGGGCUUCCAUUUCAUCAAGUUCUGUCACUUCCUUUUGGAUUUCCUGAGCAUCUACAGGCCUCUGUCGGAGGUAUGCCAGAAGGAGCUUGUGCUGGUCACAGAAGUGAAUUCUACCCUGGGGCACGCCUAUGUGGCACUGGAGAGUCUCCGCCAACAGGCGGGGCCUAAGGAAGAGGAGUUCAAUGCCAGUUUCCAGGACGGGCAGCUCCGUGGCAUCUUCCUGGACAGAGUGGAGAAUGCAGAGCAGUGGUUCCAGGCAGACAGGGAGAGAACCAUCCUGACUGGGGUCGAGUACCUCCGGCAGAGGUUUGGUGCAGACCGCCCCACACAGCUCAAGAGCAUGGAGGUGUUAGACACCAUGGCCUGGCCUAGCAGGAUUGAACUGGCCUGCUUUGGGAACAGUGACAUUCUCAGCCUGGCCAGGUCUUUUGAGCUUUCCCUCCCCCUGGGGUACAGUGAGGAAGCGCUGCUGGAGGAGUGGCUGAGCUUGAAAGCAGCGAACCAGAACCUUCCAUUCUCCAUGCUGUGUAAGAACGCCCUGACUCAGCACUGCCGAUUCCCUCUGCUGAGCAAGCUCCUGGCUGUGGUGGUCAGUGUGCCCCUCUCUACUUCCUGCUGUGCACGGGGAUUCAAGGCCAUGAACAGGAUCAGGACUGAUGAGAGGACCAAGCUCUCCAAUGAGGUGCUCAACACACUCAUGAUGACAGCCCUGAAUGGCGUGGCAGUCACCGAGUAUGACCCCCAGCCAGCCAUCCAGCACUGGUACCUGACCUCUUCAGGACGACGCUUCAGCCACAUCGAUGCCUGUGCCCAGGUGCCUGCCCGCUCCCAUGCCAAUACAGGACUCAGGAAGGAGGGGAUGGAAGCUCUCUGUAAGGAGGAACCCAUGGUCCAGAAGACAUCCAUCACAUCAUCUGGGGAGCCAUGAGGUUCAGAAGGAUCACAUAGUGAAGGUUCCUGGGCCCUAUACCUUCUCAAAGGCCCUGUGGUUCUGAAGGUGACCUAGACCGGGCUCUGGGGCACCCUUGGUCAUGGAGAGAGGCUCUCUGAAGAUUCUAGGCUGUCCUGGUAGGAUGCCUCAUGGGCCCAGGAUGUAGGCAGUGACAAAGGGUUGAAGCAAACAUCCCCAAGGGACAAGGUCCUCAAGGCACAGCAGUGCCUCCCAGUGCCAAAGCAUACCAGAGAGGCACUUACCUCAGGUCUGUUUUUCCCAAAGAAAGAAUCCUGCCGUGAGAGUUCAUCCCACACAUUAUGGUGGCAAAGGACUUUCCUGAAGUAGAAAAGUGGGGUAGCAGGUGAAUACCCCAGCUCUCUACAUCCCUGGCACAAAUAGGAGGUGGCCUCUGAGGAAGGCCACUUUGGUGGUGGAAGUGACCAUGGUCCAAAGACCUUGGCCUGCUGCAGAAGCCCCCAGGAUUGGCCGCUCUGGACCACUGCAGAAGCUCAUGCUGUAGAAUCAAGGAGAAGCUUCCCCUCAAGGCCCGCCUUCAACACAAACAGACCAGCAUCCUUUGCACAGCGCACCUGAGGAGGGUGCUGUCACCACAGCUCCUACACAGUGAGACAUGCUUCCCCUGAAGGGAGCCUGGUGUUCCCUCCCCACCCCUGAACCCUGGGCUUGGCUGCUGUGGUACCAGGCAGUCUCCUGAGGAGUUCAGGGGAGGUGGGAAUUGGGAGGUGUGGAAUCCCGGCCAGCUCUUCUGCAGACAAUGUGCCUAUGAUCGGUCCCUUCCUCUUCUGUGCCUCAGUUUCACUCCUCAAGUGGAGUUUUCCACAGAGAACCCAAGUGCCUGUUGGCUCCCUGUAGCUAUGGCAGUAAUGGGAGCCUCAAAUCCUGGCAAGAGGGGCCUGUCUAGAGCACUUAGCUGCUCCUACCCUGCCGUGUCCUUAGCGGUAAAGGCAUCAGCUUUGCCACUAGAGUCCUGUGUGGAGGCGGAAGUGCUGUCCACACAUGCUGUACACAGGACAGGUGCACUCGUCCUUCUGCAGAAUGCACCAGGGCUUGUCAAACGUGCCCCAUCCUGGACGAGUAGAACCUUGCUCCCCGACCCAGCUCAGCAGCUGUAGUUUCUCACAAGCUUCCCCAGGACCUUCGUGGGUGUUCUCUGGAUUAAAAGCCACUUCCCCUCUCAUAGAAGGGCCGCCAGUAAAACUGCCUUUGGGCCCUCUCACAUUCCCCUUCUACUGUGAAUCCCAGGGCAGACUGGCCUUGCAGGCUCAGUGAUUGUCUGUUUGGUUAGCAUAAUCUGUCUAGGUUCUACCUU